AAUUCAUCAACCGCACACUUUUCUCAACCCAUCGCACCUCUGCGUCUUCAACCUCCUCGAACUUUCCCCUCACGUCGUCUUCAGCUCCUGUCACUCAUCUUUUCCGCUGCGGUUGAUGGCCGCUGGUUAGUUGGUGGAAUUCAAUGGAUCCUUCUGUCGGCUUUAGGCACUCACCCAACCAGAGAAUGAGGAGUACUCGAAAUCAGGAAGAGGGUGUCCAUGCAACGGCAGUGAUAGGUCAGAUCUUCAUGGUUUCCAGUGACAAUUGGUGAGGCUGGAUUCUUUGGCAAACUGAAAGAAGGGACAAGAUUCAGAAUAGAAAAAGAACUGUUACGGAAAGAUGAAACUAUUUACAUGUCUAUCCUAAAAUAGAGACAUCAGAGUGCAGCUAUCUUCCUAUUUACAACAGCAGCAUGAAAAUCACCCCACCCAAAUUUUUACGCGUGAACAAUAAAAAAAUAGACAGCAACCUGCCUGCUCAACUGCAACGCGUUAAUCAACUGCUCACUUUUGCACUUCCUCCAUAGCGUCUUCCUUCUCCAUCGUCACCUACUAUAGUUCAUAAUUUGGCUACCAUUGAACGCUAGAAGGUUUUCAGUUCGUUUGUGGAAGCCCGUGGAUCUAUUCUCUGUCAUUUUACAGAUAAAUCGGUACCCAAUCGAAGAACGAGAAGAAAAAGAAAGGGAUACAUUCACUGAUUCAGGAAGAAGGCGGCGUUCGUCGACAGGGGGUAGGACGAAUGGCCAUGGUUUCAGGCAACGAUAGUGCUGGGUCGAUUUGUGCUUUUGAUCAUCUUCCCAGAAACCCAGGUAUCCUCUAAAAUUUCAUGACUCAAUUUGUAGAGUUGGAAGAUAAAUUCUCACCCCAGUAUUGCAGAAGUUAUUCGCACAUAGGUCCAGGCUAUGGCGUGUUUUCAACUUUUUUUCUACUUCAUUUUAGCUGUAUUGUGUUGUUGUCCACCUUCUUUAAAUGUUCUUCAAGGUCUGGGCAGGUCCCGUCCCUUUUAAGUUUGUAGAUUUGCACGGGUAAAGAGUUGUCACCAUGUGUUUGAUGAAAUGUUUUAGUGAGUCUGUGAACGGAACUCCAACAAGUUAGGCUGAACAGAAAACUAUAGCAGCCCGUCAUGCUCUUUAUCUGUUUAGUGUAUGUCAUUUUCAUCUAUUUUAAACACUUCUUUACUAUCUAAUCUAACUCUUUACAAAAGCAACAGAAAAAUUCUCCCGCCUAAGGACGAACGGUUACUGUAGCACGUUUAUUUGCAUAACUUAAUACGGAGUGCUCUGUAAAAUAAAUCUUAGAUCUAAAAUCAAAACGAACCACCACCAAUUUGAAUGGUCCGCAACCGAUGACUCUUGAGACAAUUCGAGGACGACUCGCUGACUACCUACGUAGCAGAUGGCGAUGAUGAGAGACAUUAAUUUUGGGGGAUAAUCAUAAACCAAGAUGAGACUUUGGAUGGCCGAACUUGCGGUGGUCAGUGAACUGCUUUGCUUCUACAUAGGCAUUAACCGAUACUCUAUUAAUUGAUUUUUAAUCUGCUUUAUUUCAUUCUAUGUAAUUUUUAAUGUGCUUUUUUUCAUUGUUGAAUGAAAUCAAAUAUUUAGACAAGUUGAUCAAGAUGCGUUUUUUUUAAAAGAUAUUACUCCGUAGAUCUAUCGCGAGGAGAAGCUAAGCUAUCAAUCGGGAGAAGGUUUCUUUGCCGGAGGUCAAACGACUCUCUUUCCACUUCCGCAGCAAACCUCAGCCGCCGCACCCAAAUCCGCUGGAUUCCGGAGCGUUUGGGAUGAAGAAGUACGGCCGCCUGUUUAAUCUCAGUUACAUUUGGCCCAACCGCAUUUACCCUCGACGUCCUGUGUUAGCUCCGGCGUUGUCUCUGAUGCUGGUCUCGACGAGAAAGAUUUCAUUCUUAACCAAGAUUUCUUUUGUACCCCUGAUUACAGUACCCCCAACAAUUCCAAAUGGGUUGGACUUCGAGAAGGAUAAUUUAAUUUGUCCCAAGUCGAUCACCCGAGAAAGAACAAUUCGUUGGAAGCAAAAUGCAGAGAAUGGGUUUAAUGGAGCCAUACCACCCACUUGGUGUUAACUUAUCAAUGAUGAUACAUUUGUUGUCAGCCAAGCAUUCUUUUUCACAGCUGCCAUGCUUCGUAGCCUGUCUGCCCUCUAUAUCCACCUAGCUGUGAUUUUCUUAGUAUUACAAUGUCUUCAUUAAUGUCAUGAAUUGAGAAGUUCUUCCCAUAAGUUGGCAAGUUAGUGUUGCUUGUUAGCACUCUUAUUCAGUACUUUUUGUCCACAUUUUUGCAGAUGGCAUUUCAGUUUCUUUUACUUCAAAAUCUUGUAGCACGCAAGUACCUGAUGCUACACAUGUUACUUCUGUGGCAGAUGAAACGACGAAGUUGGAAAAAACAACCAGGCCACCCAAUAACCACGGUUAUAUUUAACAAUCUGCCAUGGCCUUAAGGUGUAGAGUUAUGCCUCCUCCCUGCAUUCAAAACCCAUUCCUCAAAGAUGCUUUAGUAGGAAAUACUGAUCUGUUUCUAAGUCGAGGAUCAAAAUAUGCAGAUGUUGUACAUAGCAUAUAAUAUCAUUGGGUUUACCCGUCUGGGAGUGCUUGAAGUUUCUUCAUCUUGAUGAAAAGAUGGGCAGCUAGAAAAAGUUUUUAGAAAGCCAUUGGUUGGGCGACAUUUUUAGCUAAUUAAAUACCGGUUCCAGAAAAUUAAUUGAUGAGACGACAAAGUUGGAAAAAACAACCAGGCCACCCAAUAACCACGGUUAUAUUUCACAAUCUGCCAUGGCCUUAAGGUGUAGAGUUAUGCCUCCUCCCUGCAUUCAAAACCCAUACCUCAAAGAUGCUUUAAUAGCAGAUAUUGAUCUGUUUGAAAGUCGAAGAUCAAAAUAUUCAGGUUUUCUUAUGUAGUACCCCUGAUUACAUUACCCCCAACAAUUCCAAAUGGGUUGGACUUCGAGAAGGAUAAUUCAAUUUGUCCCAAGUCGAUCACCCGAGAAAGUACAAUCCGUUGGAAGCAAAAUGCAGAGAAUGGGUUUGAUGGAGUCAUACCACCCACUUGGUGUUAACCUAUCAAUGAUGAUACAUUUUCUGUCAGCCAAGCAUUCUAUUUCGCAGCUGCCAUGCCUCGUAGCCUGCCAGCCCUCUAUUUCCACCUUGCUCUGAUUGUCUUAGUAUUACAAUGUCUUCAUUAAUGUCACGAAUAGAGUAGUUCUUCCCAUAAGUUGGCAAGUUAGUGUUGCUUGGUAGCACUCUUAUUCAGUACUUUUUGUCCACAUUUUUGCAGAUGGCCUUUCAGUUUCUUUUACUUCAAAAUCUUGUAGCACACAAGUACCUGAUGCUACACAUGAUACUUCGGUGGCAGAUGAGGCGACGAAGUUUGAAAAAACUACCAAGCAACCCAAUAAGCACGGUUAUAUUUCACAAUCUGCCAUGGCCUUAAGGUGUAGAGUUAUGCCUCCUUCCUGCAUUCAAAACCCUUACCUCAAAGAUGCUUUAGUAGCAGAUAUUGUUCUGUUUGGAAGUCGAAGAUCAAAAUAUGCAGGUAAUAGUUUUUUCACUUCCCAGAAGUUUGUGUUUGUUUUACCUUGAGAAAACCGUGGUCUAUAAAACACUCCUACCUAC